UUCCGUUUGCGCCAGAAAAACAAAAACCCUUUCGAAAACCGAAUACACCAUGGCGGAGGAAGCGACGGCGUCAGUCACCGAAACCCUAGCCCAGCCAAAUGCGGCGGCAGCCACUUCCAACGAGGCCACCAUCGAGACAGCUACCGAGGCGGGCACCGAGUCCACCUGCAACAACUCCAUCCUUGACAAGCCCGAAGCUUCCGCCGUCACUUCUUCCUCCGGCGGCGACCGCGAGAAGACGCUCGAGUUCGCCGACGAGCUCAUGGAGAAGGGGGACAUCGCCAUGAAGGAGUCUGAUUUCGGCGAGGCCUCCGAGUGCUUCAGCCGCUCUCUCGAAAUCAGGGUGGCACAUUUCGGUGAACUUGCUCCUCAGUGUGUUAGGACAUACUAUAGGUAUGGAUGUGCAUUGCUGUAUAAAGCUCAGGAGGAGGCUGAUCCGCUGGGUAAUGUACCCAAGAAAGAGGGUGAAUCCCAACAAGAAUCUGUUAACGUCGGACCUGCUAAGAAUGUUUUGAAUGGUGAAUCUUCCACAGCUUCUGUUUCUAGUAAUGCUGACCAGGUUGCAAGUCCAGUGCAUGAGGAAGGAGCACAGGAUGAUGGUGUUUCUAGUGGAAAAGACCAGGAAGAAGAUAAUGAAGACAGUGAUGUUGAGGACCUGGCUGAAGGUGAUGAAGAUGAGAGUGACCUGGAUUUAGCAUGGAAAAUGCUUGAUGUUGCAAGAGCAAUCAUUGAAAAGCAGAACUCUGGUGACACAAUGGAGAAGGUGGAGGUGCUAUCAGCUUUGGCCGAAGUGGCACUGGAAAGAGAGGACUUUGAAACUUCUCUUAGUGAUUACCUGAAUGCACUGUCCAGUUUGGAGAAGUUGGUUGAGCCUGACAAUCGACGUGUUGCUGAACUAAACUUCCGAAUAUGUUUGUGUCUAGAGAUUGCGUCUAAGCCUGAUGAAGCAAUUCCAUACUGCCAGAAGGCAAUUUCAAUUUGUAAGUCUCGUGUGCGGAGGCUCAUGAUUGAAUCCAAGAGUUUCUCAGAAUCCACGGCAUCAUCUUCCACUUCUGAAGAUCAGUUGCCCUCAGAUGCAACUAAGUCUGAUAAUGCCAUGACAGAUAAGCAGGCAGAGAUUCAAACUCUAACUGAGCUUUGUGGUGAUCUGGAAAAGAAGCUUGAAGAUCUGCAACAACUGGUUUCCAACCCCAGAAACAUUCUUGCUGAUCUUCUGGGAAUGGUGUCUGCCAAGGCAAAAGCUGCUGAGAAGAGUGCAUCUUCAGCUGCGGUGGGCUCUUCACAGAUGGGUACUGCUAACAACAAUGGAGGUUUUGAUUCCCCAACCAUUUCCACUGCUCAUACGAAUGGAUCAUCUGGAGUCACACAUCUUGGCGUGGUAGGUAGAGGAGUGAAGCGAACACUAACAAACUCAGGCACAGAAGAAUCUGACCCAGGGAAGAAACCUGCUUUGGAUCGAUCAGAAAGUAACGGUGAGGGCAAAUAAUCAUGAAGGCUUGUGUUCUUGCUAUAGUAGGACCGAGUGCUAUUCUCUUGAUUCUAGAUUUUUUUUUCUGUUCGGAGUGAUUGCUAGUAGAUGGAGUCUAAGAGAACUAGUAGACUUGUGUAAUUCGAUAAAUCUUGCUACUUGAAAAUUGAGAUCAUGGAUGCCUCGCUGUUCAGUCUAGUUGGAUUUUGUCCAUGCUGUCAAACUUUAUGAAAUGAAAGGUCGUAAUAUUACAUAUA